UUGGCGGAGACUGGCGGUGGGCGGCGGCGACGGUUAUGGGCUGCCGAUAGAAUACUAGUCCAGGCCGCAGAAGAAGUCCACGCAGCAUCACAUGAAGACACGCCUGCGCAAGACCCGGCCCUGGAACAUCAAGGAGAAUCGGAUCGGACGAUCAAGAAGAUUAACGGGCAAGUGAAAAAAGAGGUCGAGAAAGCAAACUUUUUAGGGGAAGUGGAAAAUCGGAUGGUCCGCAAGGAAGGAGCGACCUUUGCCUUGUUUGGUGAGAAAAUCGGCAGAGAGAUGGCGCCAGCGGUGGUGGCUAGCGUUUCCAUUUCCGAUUGA